GAUGUUAUAACUGUCUCAAUACCAUAAAUGUUGAUAUUCUCUGCCUACUCAACCCCAGCUCAUCCCCCAGUGACUCCAUCUUCUCCAGGCAGACGUAUCACCGAUCUCUGCCUGUGGCCCUACCACAUCUCUGCCUAGCGACACGCUUUUCAGUUCAAAAAAAUCAAAACAAAUCAAAACAAAACAAAACAACAAAAACUCAACACCAAAAAAAUAAAUAAACAAGUUUUUGCUGUUUUUCCCAUCCUUCUUUUCAAUUACAACAACAACAAUCUUUUUUUGUUUACACAACUCAAUCAAUUGAUAUAUUCCAAGAAAAUGGCCAAAGCUGCAUCCACCACUAAAGCUACUAAAGCUACCAAAGCUUCUUCUGCUGAGAAGACCCACACCCCAUAUGCUGAAAUGAUCAAGAAUGGUAUCUUAAACUUGAAAGAUCGUAAUGGUUCAUCUCGUCAAGCUUUAAAGAAAUAUAUUCAAAACAAUUACAAAAUCACUGCAUCCAAUUUUGAUUCAUUGUUUAAUGCUGCUUUAAGAAGAGGUGUCGAAAAAGAAAUCUUUAUUCAACCAAAAGGUACUUCAGGUCCAGUUAAGUUAAACAAAAAGAAACCAGCUGCUGAACCAAAAGCUGUUGAAGCUAAAGCUGCUGCUCCAGCAAAGAAGGCGACCACCACUAAAAAGACAACAACUGCUAAAAAACCAGUUGCUAAAAAAGCUGCACCAAAGAAAGCUGCUGCUAAGAAAGUUACAAAAGCUGCUCCAGCUAAGAAACCAACCCCAGCUAAAAAGGCUGCUGCUCCAGCAAAGAAAGCUACUGCUGCUAAAAAAGCUGCUCCAAAAAAGGCAACAACAACUAAAACCACUAAAAGAACUGCAAAGAAAUAA